AGCAGGAAGAAAGUCACUUUUCUACGCGAUCCGUUUCUUUCUUUCGACUUUUUGUGUUUGCAACUGCGAAGCUUGCAAUUUUUCAUUCCUGUGCCCGAAACCACGGACGGGCUAAAUAAACAUCCUCUUCUGGUCGAGAUAUUCUCGCGUUGGUGCAUCUAGCGAAAAAAUUGCGAAGAAGGCGUGUGAAACUGAAAUCGUCGAAAUUCGUCUACAGUGUGACGUAUUCCUCGUCGCUGUACGGAUUCCACUAAUCGUGUGGUGUGGAAGGUGUUCCUGGGACGAGUAGCAGGCGGCAGAGACAUCGAUAGUGGGAAAAAUUCAUUCGUCUGAACCGCAACGAAACAACCGAAGGCGCACCAGAAAUCGACUGGAACACCGUCGUUCCGAUGUCUAAAUUAAACUCUCACGGGGCUACAGGGCUUAAAAAUAUCAAUCUUGAAGAGAUAUGGACCGAUCUAGAAGGCGGCAUCAAGCAGGUGUACAAGCGGGAACACAGCCUCGGCAUCGCCCGCUACAUGGAACUAUACACACAUGUUUAUAACUACUGCACGAGCGUCCACCAGCAACCGAACUGUCGUACCGGAGCAUCGAAAGCAUCGAAGAAGGGUAUGAGCGCUCCACCAGGCGGGGCUCAGCUCGUCGGUCAGGAGCUCUAUAAGCGACUGAAAGAAUUUCUCGAAAAUUAUCUCGUACGGUUGCACCAAAAUGGGAUCGAUUUGAUGGACGAGGAAGUUCUGAGCUUCUACACCAAGCGUUGGGAGGAGUAUCAGUUCUCCAGCAAAGUGUUGAACGGGGUAUGCGCCUACCUCAACCGACACUGGGUGAAACGUGAGUGCGAAGAGGGCCGCAAAGACGUGUACGAGAUUUACCAGCUGGCGUUGGUCACCUGGCGGGGCAACCUCUUCAAGCAUCUCAACAAACAAGUGACUAACGCGGUACUGAAAUUGAUCGAGCGCGAGCGAAAUGGCGAAACGAUCAACUCACGUCUGGUUUCCGGCGUCAUCAACUGCUACGUGGAGCUUGGGCUCAACGAGGAAGAUCCGCACGCCAAGGGACAGAACUUGUCCGUCUAUAAGGAAAGUUUCGAAAAUAUUUUCUUGGAGGACACAGAACGGUUCUAUACUCGUGAAAGUGCCGAGUUUCUGCGCGAGAAUCCUGUCACCGAGUACAUGAAGCGAGUGGAGUUGCGCUUGAAUGAGGAGCAAAAGCGCGUCCAAGUUUAUCUGCACGAGAGCACUCUAGAGCGUUUAGCCGAAAAAUGCGAACGAGUGCUGAUUCAGAAUCAUCUCGAUCAGUUCCGAACGGAAUUUCAGAACUUGCUAGACUCAGACAAGAAUCAGGACUUGGGCAGGAUGUACUCCCUCGUUGCGCGGAUCAAGGCGGGUCUGUUUGAGUUGAAAGAAAUAUUGGAAUCACACAUUCACAACCAAGGCUUGGCGGCCAUAGAGAAGUGCGGUGAUUCUGCUGUCAAUGAUCCAAAAAUUUACGUCCAAACCAUCCUGGAAGUUCAUAAAAAGUACAAUGCUCUUGUUCUUACUGCGUUCAACAACGACAGCGGCUUCGUGGCAGCGCUUGAUAAGGCAUGCGGCAAAUUCAUUAACACGAAUGCCGUUACCGAGCUUAGUAGAAGCGCCAGUAAGAGUCCUGAAUUAUUGGCCAAGUAUUGUGAUCUACUGCUAAAAAAAUCGAGCAAAAACCCCGAAGAAGCCGAACUGGAGGAUACUCUCAAUCAAGUGAUGGUUGUAUUUAAGUACAUCGAAGACAAGGAUGUGUUCCAAAAGUUCUAUAGUAAGAUGCUGGCAAAGCGCCUCUGUCAUCACAUGUCGGCCAGCGACGACGCAGAAGCAUCCAUGAUUUCCAAGUUGAAGCAGGCAUGCGGUUUUGAGUACACUAGCAAGUUGCAGCGCAUGUUCCAGGACAUAGGGGUCUCAAAGGAUCUCAACGAGCAGUACCGGCAGCACCACGAGAAGCUGAAAGAUACUCGCGGUACAGGACAAAACGAAAUCGAUUUCAGUAUCCUGGUGCUGUCUUGCGGGUCGUGGCCAUUCAAUCAAAGUUUUACCUUCUCCUUGCCUUUUGAGCUGGAACAAUCCGUUCACCGAUUCAACGGCUUCUACGGCAAGCAACAUUCCGGGCGCAAGCUAAACUGGUUGUAUAACAUGUGUCGUGGAGAACUCAUAACCAACUGCUUUCGAAUGCGAUACACGCUACAGGCCAGUACCUUUCAAAUGGCCGUUUUGCUACAGUUCAAUGAGGAAACUGUGUGGAGUAUUAAGCAGUUGGGAGAAAAUACUGGCAUUAACAAUGAAAAUCUUGUACAAGUGCUGCAAAUUUUACUCAAAACCAAGCUUUUGACCUGCUACGAUGACGAAGCCAAGUUACAGCCAAGUUCAACAAUUGAGCUGAACAGAGACUUCAAGAAUCGAAAGCUUCGUAUCAACAUCAAUUUCCCGCUCAAGACGGAACUGAAAGUAGAGCAAGAGGCGACUCACAAAAAUAUUGAAGAAGAUCGCAAGAUUCUCAUCCAGGCCGCCAUCGUAAGGAUCAUGAAGAUGCGCAAGAUGCUGAACCAUACGCAGCUCGUUGGCGAAGUGUUGAAUCAACUGUCAACUCGGUUUAAACCGAAGAUUCAAGUGAUUAAGAAAUGCAUUGAUAUUCUGAUAGAGAAAGAAUAUCUAGAGCGCCAGGAAGGACAAAAGGAUACCUACAGUUAUCUGGCCUGAUCAGUGAUAGUUUUAAUCUGUAGUGUAGUUAUCUAAUCGCGUACUUUCAAGAUGUCGUCCUUAAGUUGCAUAAGCGUACAAAAAAACAAAAAAAAAAUCUGUAGCGGACAGAACACUGACGACUUAUUGUGCUGCAUGAGAGGACAUUUCUUCGACAUAUAUUUGAAACAUUUCAAAUAUUUAAGAUGAUAAAAACCAACCGCAUUCAUCCCACGAUGUGAUAACAUUCGAUCGCAUUCGUACACAUUUUGAGCAGCGAAAUCCUCCGCAUACCCUUAUAUUCUCUAACCACAAGAGCGAUGCCACAAAACAGGAAAUGAGUGCAUCGAGAGUAAUUCAUCUGCUGAUGUAUAUGAAUAUAUGUAAAAAAGGUAAUAAUUAAAGAAAUGCACCAUGAAGGUCAUUGCUAGAUUGAGCGAAACACAAGAGGAACAGCGAUGUGCGAACACCUGCAAUAGUUUAAAACGUGGACAAAUUCUUAGCCAACCAGCCAAACGAUUGGUGAAUGAUAUUUAGUAGGUGAUUAGCGUAAGCGGAGUUGUGAAAACUGGUAAAUUGAAAUCUGAUCUACGAAUAUAGAACAUUGUUUUUCCUUCCAAUAAUCUCAAGCGACAGUUUCUUGUUUCGUUAUUUUUGGACAUUUGAACGUAAAGGCAAACCAUUGUCUUACUAUCAUUUUGUACGACGAUUGUUAGCAAAUGCGGCAAAUACGCUGGUCAUUGCACCGUUUACGCGUUUUGAUUUGUUAACUCUGAACUGUCGCGUAUAAGUUUUUUUAGUCUUGUGAAGCAAAUCAGUUUUGGACAUUGUUUAAUUUAGUUAUUUUCGCGCAAAAGUUAUCGCGAUGAAGUUUUUCGUGUAAUUUUUUUUCGGUCAUUUGUUAAUUGUAAAAGAUAUGUUAUUCUUAACUGUAUUCAUCUUUCUCUGUUAGAUUGAUCGAUUGUAAUUUUUUCGGGAGCGUAGAAAAAAAAUGGUUGAGAUGUGUUAAAAGAGGAUAAACGAUUAGGCGAAUCGCCGAAUGACCGUUAAGCAUCGAGUUUUAAAUUUUCUUCCCACUCUUUUUACUGCACUGUCUGAUUUCUAUUAAAUGCAAUAAAAUUUGUCUGCUAAACCCAUAUCCUGUAUUUGCCAACCACUUUACGUUAGGACAAAAGUGACUACAAAAAAUGAAAAGCCGAUCAAGAACAACAUUUACUAAACGGUGUGGGGAAUAAAAUGAAGAAAAAGUUUGGCGAAAACCAGUAAAAUGUAAAGAAGGAAAAAAGAGCAGAUUGCUUUGCGCUAAACAUUGCACAGUAUCUACGAUCCAGUCAAUAAAGAAAACGAAACGAAACAACUCAAAGUUAUCCAUAUAUUCCACCACAAAGUUAUUUUAUACCAACGGCAGUGUUUG